AUGAAGUUUAUUGAGACGCCAUUUUGGAUUUUACAUUUUUCUCUACUGGUCUAUGUGUAUGGGGCUGGUACUGUCAUGUACCAAUUGCGUGUUGCUUCGAGUACCAGAGAUUUUCUUAAAAGUUACGUCAACAUCACUCUUAUAAUAUUGAUAGUUAACAAUAGUUACUGGUUUAUAAAAGAGAGACCUCUCUUGAGAACAGUCCUAAAUCAGGUGAUUAGAAACGACAUUCUUUCCAUGGAGACAGAAUUAUUGCAAGAUAAACACGAAAAGCUGCUGUCUGUAAUUAAGAAGAUCAUAUUAAUUUUUUACGGAUUCAACCUAUUUGAUGCAUUCUUCAUCUAUAUACCGCACCGCAGUGACGUCAACAACGACCAUUAUUCUAUGACUUCUUGUGUUGGUCUGGAGCCCCUUACGGCUACACCAAAUAGACAAAUUUGCAGAUUAAUACUUGGACUCCAAGAGGUGACGAUAAUGACUGCAGUUCUCAAUUAUCAAACUCUUUUGUUAUUCUUGAUUGCACACACAGAGGCAAUGUACCGUUUGCUAUCGGAAGAAAUGUUGAAUUUCAAUCAGUAUGCAAGCACUCCCGAAAGUAACAUAUUUGUUAAAAAUCGUUUACCACUUUUGGUGUCUCGCCAUUCGCUAACCCUGGAUAUUAUAAAAAAUUUAAAAGCUCUAUAUAGUAUGCCGAUGGGAGUAAAUUUUGGAUCGAAUGCUGUUUGCAUUUGUUUGUUUUUCUAUCUUCCUUUGCGGGAGUGGAUAACAUUUUCUCCAGUACUCAUAUACUGCUUUGUCUUUUUUCUAUACUGUUACUUGUGUCAAAGAUUGAUCAAUGCUUCGGAGGUUUUUGAGAAUGCAGUGUACAGUUGUGGUUGGGAGAAGUUUAACCUGAAUGAGCAGAAAACAAUAUAUGUGAUGCUGUUACAAGCUCAAAAGCCUGUAACACUUUUAGCAGCGGAUAUUAUCCCAGUCAAUAUUUCAACUUUCGCAACAACAAUUCAGGCUAUGUUCAAAUUUGUAACUGUUGUAAAACUAUAAUUUGAACUUUGUCAAACUAAAACCUUGUGCGUCAUAAAAGUUGUAAAUUUUGAAUUACUUAAGAAAAAAACUAGUUUAAUU